ACCACCAGUUCGUCACGUCGGACAAACACACUGCAGUCCGAACGCCGUCCACUCAUAAACUAGGAAAACACCCAUUCACGACACACUAAACAACCAGGUUUACCAGAAGAAUGUCAGGCUCGGUUGAUGAAGAGGAACUGCCAGCAACACAUACAGGUCCUAAAGGAGUGAUCCACGACUGGAGGAAAUUUAAGCUGGAAAGUGAGGACCAUGAGAGCAUGCCCCAGAAAAGGAGAGAGCUCCUCAGACAGAUGUCCAACCCAAGGCCCAGCAAUGAGGACGACCCUGAGAGGGUUAACCGCAAGAUGAGCGUCCAGGAGUAUGAGAUGAUCCAAGAGGAGGACGAGCAAAGUCUGAAGAAAUACCGCAAGCAGUGCAUGCAGGAGAUGCACGAGCGCUUGAGUUUCGGGCCCAGGUUUGACAGUGUUUUCGAGCUGGAGAGCGGAGAGGCCUUUCUGGAGGCCAUCGAGAAGGAGCACCACCUGACGUUGGUCAUCGUCCACAUCUAUGAAGAUGACGUGAAAGGUUGCGAGGCUCUCAACAACUGCCUGACCUGCCUGGCUGCUGAGUACUCCUGUGUGAAGUUCUGUCGGAUCCAGGCAUCUGCCACGGGGGCCGAGGAGCGCUUCUCUGAAGAUGUUUUGCCCACUCUGCUGGCGUACAAGGGUGGGGAGAUGUUGGGCAACUUCGUCUGCAUCACCAAGCACUUCAACGAGGAGUUCUUCGCCACAGACGUGGAGAACUUCCUCAACGAGUAUGGCCUGCUCCCAGAGAAGGAGUUCGCGGCCUGCCCCGAUGAUGAAGAAGAGCACGGGGUGGAAUGAUCCAUGAUCAUGAGAAAGAUCAUGCCGGUGGAGGAGAAGCCAUGGCAAACCUUUGGACAGAUGGGUUAUGAUCUCAACAUGCAUAGAGGCUCAUUAACUCAUAAGCUUUACUGAGACAUACAUACAGCUGUAAGUAAAAGUUUUCUGCAACAUUUAGGGCACAAUUUUAACAUUUUGGCAAAAAAAAACUAAAAUAUGCCAUAACUUUUGCACAGGAAUCACGGUAUGUUUGAUUUUUUAUUUUAACUUCAUCAAAUAAACACUGCGCAUUAAAAUGUGUGUGGAGGACGGACGUAUUCACAUGUUUUCAACAGAGCUGGGGUGCACAAACUUUUGCACACAGCUGUACAUAUACACUGAGUUGCCAGUUUAUUAGGUACAUGUUAUCUUGUCCCUACUCUCAUUGACCUUUUUAUCAGAAACAGCUACCAUACGGGGCUCCUUGUCACUGUGGAAUAUGGAAUGGCCCACCACCCAAAUGAUAUCUGCAGUGGUCCCAUGGUGGUCCUCUUCCACUGAUAAAUGGCGUAGGGGGGUUGGGGGGG